AUGUCAGCGUCCUCAACCACACACGUCACUUCAAGCGAUUCUUUCGAUACGAGAGUUUCCAGAGAGAAACGUAUUCGCAAGCAAGGGAAGAUGUGGGAUAUCAAGGAAGACGCCAAAUUGCUGGAAGCUGUGCGGAAGUAUGGCGAGUCGAAAUGGGUAGAAAUAGCUGAGAUGGUUGGGACGCGGUCGAGAAAGCAGUGCAGAGAGAGAUAUAUCAAUCACUUGAAUCCAACUAUCGACAACUCAAAGUGGUCGACUGAGGAAGACAUGACCAUUCUUAGACAAUACGCCCUCAUCGGCUCAAAAUGGUGCUCAAUUGCUUCUUGCUUGAACAACAGAACGGCAAGAGCAACACGAAAUAGAUACUACUCGCUUGUUCACAAGAAGAAAGUAGUGAGUUGCUUCACUCCUGUCGUUGAUGGGUUUUCCAUUUCAAUUGGUGGAAAUCCAUGGUAA